CCCGCCCGCAAACAACACACGCGACUCACCACACACCUCAAUUGCGACCAUGGCAGACCAAUCUGCCCCGGCGCAGGCGCAGCCCGCCGCUGAGGGUUCCGAGAACCAGCACACGGACCCCGUAACCGGCGAGAUGAUCUCCAAGAGCGAAUUGAAGCGACGGCAGAAGCAGCGCGAGAAGGAGGCCAAGAAGGCGGAGAAGGAGGCUGCGCUCCCAGCGAGGCCAAAGAAGGAGGGCAAGAAGGAAGAGGAGGAGCUUAAUCCGAAUCAAUACUUCGAGAUCCGCUGCAACAAGAUCACCGCGUUGAAGCAGAGCAAGAAGCCGAACCCGUAUCCCCACAAGUUCCACGUCGACACCAAGCUGGCCGACUUCGUCGAGAAAUAUUCACACCUCAAGAAGGGCGAGACGCGCGAGGACCAAGAAAUCAGUGUCGGCGUUCGCAUCAUAACCAAGCGCGAGAGCGGCAAUGCCCUCAAGUUCUACGUCACGAAGGCGGAGGGGGUCACGCUUCAAAUCAUGUGCCAAUUGCAAUACGCGUCCGGCGAUGUGCCCUUCGAGAAGCAGCACGAGAAUCUCCAGCGUGGUGACAUAAUCGGUGUGGUGGGCUUCCCCGGCAGGACCAGCCCGAAGAAGGGCGGCGAGGGUGAACUCAGCAUAUUCGCUCGGGAGGUCGUUCUGCUUACUCCAUGCUUGCGCAUGCUUCCGACGGAGCAUUUCGGCUUCAAGGAUCACGAGCAGCGCCACCGCCAGCGAUUCCUCGAUUUGAUAAUGAACGACUCCACUCGCGAGACGUUCAUCACGAGAACCAAAAUCGUCAAGUAUGUCCGGAAGUACUUCGACGAUAGAGACUUCCUCGAGGUUCAGACGCCCAUGAUGAACAAGAUUGCGGGUGGAGCCACCGCUAAGCCUUUCAAAACGUACCACAACGAACUCGGAAUGGAGCUUUUCCUCCGAAUAGCGCCCGAGCUCUACCUAAAGGAACUUGUUGUCGGUGGCCUGGAGCGCGUCUACGAGAUCGGACGACAAUUCCGGAACGAAGGCAUAGACCUAACCCACAAUCCAGAAUUUACAACGUGCGAAUUCUAUAUGGCUUUCGCAGACAUGUUCGACAUCAUGGACAUGACAGAAGAGCUCGUCUCCGGCCUUGUAUAUGCGGUCAAGGGCACCUACAAGACACAAUAUCAUACUCAAGAUGGCCAGGUGUACGACGUUAACUGGGAGAAGCCGUGGCGGCGAGUGGACAUGAUUCCUGAGCUUGAGCGUUGCACCGGCGAGAAGUUUCCGCCAGCAACCGAAUUCCACACAGAGGAGACAAACGCCUUCUUGAAGCGCGUACUAGAAAAGGUCGGCGUAGAGUGUUCGCCUCCUCAGACGAACUCUCGAAUGAUCGACAAGCUGGUCGGCGAGUUCAUCGAGGAGACCUGUGUAAAUCCUACGUUUAUUAUGGGCCACCCCGAAGUCAUGUCCCCAUUAGCGAAGUAUCAUCGCAGCAUCCCGGGUCUGUGCGAGCGCUUCGAGGCUUUCGUAUGCAAGAAGGAGAUCUGCAAUGCGUACACGGAGUUGAAUGACCCCUUCGACCAGCGAAUGCGAUUCGAGGAGCAAGCCAAUCAGAAAGCACAAGGAGACGAUGAGGCGCAGCUGAUAGACGAGACCUUCUGUCAAGCACUCGAGUACGGUCUGCCUCCCACCGGGGGAUGGGGCUUGGGAAUCGACCGAUUGGUGAUGUUCCUGACGGACCACUACAGCAUCAAGGAGGUGCUCGCAUUUCCCUUUAUGAAGGAUGUCGUGGAAGAGAAGAAGGAGAAGACAGCGGCGGAGGUCGCAGGUGUGGAGCCACUCCCAGAGGAAGGCAUUCCGCACAAAUGAUCCAUCUGCCGUGGAAUAUGCUAGGGCGUGAGUGCAUAAGACUCCUUCUAUGACCUGGCAGUGUCGAAUGGAAUUCACCAUGUCGGCGUAAAUGGUUUGAUAGAGAACCGGUCGAGACAAACGAAAAAUGAUUGAUGGCGACUAUGCUGCAAAAGCAUCACGGGAC